GCGAACCUGCAGCAACUCGCAAACAAAGAAACCUAGAAGGAGAAAGGACUUGUUAUGCCACCCAAGAAGAAACGCACGGCUGCGGCCGCCAAGGCUCCUGCCAUGACCAACAAAACACCGUCGGCAUCAUCCACCAAGCCCACGUCGUCGUCGCCCUCGCCGCCGUCUUCUCCGCCCCCCGCACGCGAGGCGUCUUCCCUACUCAACCCCGCAUCUCAGAACGGGUCCACUUCGCCGUCCGCCAAGCAGGACGGCCGCCGCAGUCAGAGCGGAGGCGAACAUGCCAUCACGCCGAAGCGCGCGUCGGCGUCGCAGCCGCAGCCGCAGCCGCAGCCGCUGCGAACCCCCGAGCGCCAGGGCAGUCACGGCCACCUUUCAGCCCUCCGUCCGCAACGCAGCCGCGAUCGCGACAAUGCCGCUUCUCCGUCCGUCCCACCGGCGCCCGCCACCACGCCAGUUCCAGCAGCGGAGAGGACACCACGUCGUGAGGGCAGCAACGGUCGCGACCACCAGCGCAACAGCCGCAAGUCUACUGGGCUGUCUCUCUCCGCUUCGCCGGUGCCGCCGCCGCCCCCACCGACGACACCGGUGCCUGCGGCGAAGCGUGCAUCCUCCUCAUCGCAGAAGCAACAGCAGCAGCAGAGAACGCCGUCAAGAAAGAGGAAGGAUCGCACCGCCUCAGCUCAGGGAAGAAUGUCACCGGAGACGAAGAAAAGGUUGAUGACGACAUCAUCGGGUGACCCGGCAGCUACAGCUGCCACCACCGCGAACACCACCACCACCUCAAAGCCACCCAAGAAGAACGACAAUGUCAAGGGCAGCUUGGAGGGCAGCGGAGGCAGCGAGCAGACGACAAAGAAGCACAAGCCGCUGAGCCGCAGCGUCCGCCGAUAUCGUAGUCGUCAUUCGGAGAAUGCGUCACCCCUCUCCUCUCCGUUGUCGCACUCCGUCCAGAGCGUCAUUCGGGAGUCGAAGGUGAUCGCACCGGAUGUGAGCGGCAUCCGCUGUCUCGCCAUCCACCCAUCCGAGCAGCACGUCGUGGUGGCGCGCGAGAACGGGUCGUUGGUGCUGUACGACGUCUCUUUCUUUCAGAACAUCCCGCAGUUCGUACAGCGCCGCCACACCGGUGGCCAGACGCGGCGCACCAUCACAAGUUUGGCCUACGUGGCCGUGCCCGCACCAACCUCCGCCUCGACGACGUCCUCAUCGACAACAACCGCGGCUACCACGGCGCCGGCAGCGUCGACGCGGUACGUCCUCCUUGCGUCUAUGAUGUCGGGCCAGGUGGUGAUCUACGACGCGGAGCUGCUCGUUCCGCUGGCGCUGCAUCAGCGAAGUGGAGGCGCUAUUUGGCAGAUGACGGCGGCCAGCCCCGCGUGUAUCUACGCGGCGAUGGCAGAUAGCAGCUGGCAGCAACUGCGCCUCACGUGCAAGCGGGACGGGGCGGCGCCGCAGUUGGAUCUGGUGCGCGUCGUGCCGGGCAUCAGCGGUGCCGAUCGCGCUCUCACCGUGGCGACGUCGGCCUCGCUGAGCAUGGCGGUGGGCACUGAUGAUGUCGGCAACGUGCACGCUUGGCGUCUGCCCGCCGCAAACGACGUCAACGACGACGAUGCGGAUGAUGACACACCGGCGGCGCGCAGUCGUGGGCUGGCAGAGCACGAGUCCCUCUGGACGACGAGACUGGCGAAGGGCGUCGCGCUGAGCUGCGCGGUGGUCGGCGGCACGCGGCGGCCCUGCGUGGUGGUGGGGACUUCGAUGGGGGAUGUGGUGCUGCUCGACGCGGCUCACGGACACGUCUUUCAGACCUUCUCGCAGCACAAAGGGCCCGUGACGACGCUGGUCGUGCAGAACGACGCGGUGGUCUUCGCCUCUGGCUGGCACGAGAGCCUGCGUAGCUACCGCUGCAGCGGCGAGGGCGACUGGCACCCGGCAGAGGUGAAGCGGCGCACGCACUACCACGAGGCCAGCCAGCUCGCUUUGAUGCCGGGCCGCCAGUUAAUCCUCUCCGCGUCCCGCGAUGGCACCGUGCUGUACGCGCCGACGGCGCAACUGUUUCACACCCCGGCGAUGUACGUGGUGGUGACGACGCAGCAGUUCGCCUACGCGGCGGGUCGCGGUGUGCUGCUGCAGUCCCGCUUCGACACGGUGGAGGCGUUCUGUAUGGACGAGGCGGACCGCCACUGGGUACCGCUUUUUGGCCACCGCCUCGAAGGUCGCUUCCACCUGUCGGGCUUGUGGUGCGACGAGCAGCUUCGGUACAUCCUCUUCAGCACGGAGGAGCGUUUGGGAUUGCUGAAGGUGGGGUGGCGCGCGCAAGCGGCCAUGGCGAUAGUUCGGAUAGAGGAGGUGCUGGAGCUGCCAGCGCGCACGGGUGUGGUGGACGUGUGCUGGGGCGGACCUGCGCCGAGGAACAGUUCCGAGGUCAAGGACCAGGAUGACGAGGAAGUUGCGGCGGCGGAUGCGUCGACGUCUGCCACGGCAGCCGCGCCGCAGGUGCUGUACAUUUUGUAUGAUGACUGCAUCACGAGCGUCACCCUCGCCGAGGGCUACCCCGUGGUGAACACGGCGGUGCUGGUGAAGGGCAAGGGUCUGCCUGCCGACUCGCUGCGGCCGUACCGGGUCUUCAGCCGACACAUAUCUGUGAAACCCGGCAAGGCGCAGAAUUCUUCUGGCGAGGUUGCGACACGUGAGCUGGUGAUCUACGGCCACCGUGGAAGCUGCCGCCUUCCACUCCUGGCCGAUGGCACGCCGGAGGCGGAAAAGCUCGUGGCGGAUUUGGAUGACGUGUACGAGCUGGUGCAGGAAGUGCCGGUGCUGGCAAAGCAGAGGCAGAGCAGCGAUGGCGACGGCGACCGACCCGUGAAGAAGGCGAAAGGAGAGGCGGCUGACACGGAGGCUGCAGCGGCAUCUGAAUCAAGUACGGUUACGACUGCCGUUGCGCUGACUCCGUCGGCUCUCGUCGGUCUCUCCGCAACGCAGGAGCGAUACAUCGUCGGCGCGACGCUGCACUCCUCCGCGGCGGGGGCAGUGCCGCUGCCGGCGACGCUGCCGCACGAUGUAAAGUGGAUUGCACGCCUUCCGGCGUCGUCCGCGAGCGCGUACACGUACCUCGGCUACUUUAGCCGAGGACUGUUGGUGGCGACGGGGGACACGUGGCACAUGUUGCGUCGCAUGAACGUCGAGGCCGCCUUUGUUGUACGGGGAGGGACGGAGGUGCUGGUGCUGGAGCGCAACCUGGAAAAAACGUUGGAGUCGUUGCCCCUGACAUGGAAGGUUCGCCGGUUUGGCAACUAA